GCUGUUGCUGGAAGAAUGGUUCAAAUUCCACAAGUUAACUCUAACGUCUUCUACUUCCCUCAAGGUCAUGCUGAGCAUGCAUAUCAACCUGUCCAUUUUCCUGCUGACUUCAAAAUUCCAUCCAAAAUUCCAUGUAGAGUUGCGGCUAUCCAUUAUAGGGCUGAUCCUGCCACUGAUGAAGUGUAUGCAAAACUCAGGCUUGUUCCUCUGCAUAUUAGCAAAGUUAGUAUUGAUGAUGACGAUGUUGUUGGCAACGAUAAUAUGUCUGAAACUAAAAACAAAUAUCAAUCUCAUACGAAAACCUUGACACAAUCAGAUGCAAACAAUGGUGGUGGAUUCUCUUGUCCUAAGAAUUGUGCCGAAACACUUUUUCCACCAUUAGACUAUUCAGGUCAGCUUCUUUCUCAGGACAUUUUUCUCAUGGAUGCGCAUGGAGAAACGUGGAGAUUCAGACAUGUUUAUAGUGGUAUGCCGAAGCGCCAUUUGUUAACAACUGGGUGGAGUGACUUUGUAACUGACAAGCUACUUGUUUCAGGGGAUUCACUUGUGUUUGUGAAAGCUGAAAACAGUGAUCUUCAUAUUGGAAUUCGAAGGUCUAAAAAACGAAAUGACUGUAGAUUUAACUUUCCAUCAAAAAGGAAAUCUGGUAGUGAAACUGGAAUUCGUCUUCGGCCACCAUCAUACGGAGGGAAAGUGAAGGCUGAAGAUGUUAUUGAUGCAGUAAAACUUGGUGUCAAUAUGCAGCCGUUUGAUGUUGUUUACUAUCCUCGGGUUGGUACUCCCGAGUUUUUUGUGAAAACCUCUUUAAUUAGAACAACACUUCAGACUAGGUGGUGUUCUGGAAUGAGGUUCAAGAUGGUCAUUGAAACGGAAGACUCGUCAAGGAUACUUUGGUUUUACGGAACAAUUGCUUCUGUUCAGGCUGUUGAUCCAGCAUGGCCCGACUCUCUUUGGAGACUUCUGCAGGUUACAUGGGAUAAUCCUUAUGUACUCACAAAUAUGAAAAUACUGAAUCCGUGGCAAGUCAAAAUACUACCAGACAUGCCAACUUUCCCUAUUGACGGCCAAUUAUCAAUGCCAACUUUUCCAAACAUUCAGACUCCAAAUGUUCCAAUUAUGUAUUUACCAGAAACUAGUCCUGCAGGCAUGCAGGGAGCUAGGCAUGAUCAUUUUAGUCACUCCAAAUCAGUUCCAUUUAAUCGCGAUGCUACAACAUCGACGACUGUCUCUAAUAAUCUGACACUGCAAAAGGAGAGUGCCAGUGAGAAUGCUUCGUGCUUGAUAUCAAUGUCUACACAACCGUCAGAAAAACAGGAUCAUACGAAGCCGAAACAGAUUGUGCUUUUUGGAAAAACAAUACAAAUUGACACGGGAAAUGGAAAUGCUGAGAAGAAAAUCACUAGUUCUUCUUCUGAUCCUCUACAAGACCUGCCGAAACGUUGCUCUGGCGAGAGGCUGGAAUGUGAUCCAGAGAGCCAAUGCAAAGAAGAUACUUUGGCAGGAGAAACAGUGGAGAUUGAAGAUUCAGAAUUCAAUUUUAAAAUGACGAGAUCUAAGAAAGGUUGCAAUAAAGAGUCCAAGAAGAAGAAGAUAGAUGGAAACACGGAUGUGGAUCCUCCGCUAUGGCAUGCUAUUGCUGGAAGAAUCGUGCAAAUUCCCCAAGUUAACUCUAAGAUCUUCUACUUCCCUCAAGGUCAUGCCGAGCAUGCAUAUCAACCUGUCAAUUUUCCUGCUGACAUCAAAAUUCCAUCCCGAAUUCCAUGUAGAGUUGCAGCUAUCAGUUAUAGGGCUGAUCCUGACACAGAUGAAGUGUAUGCAAAACUCAAGCUUGUUCCUCUGAAUAAUAGCGAGGUUAGUUCUGAUGAUGACGCUGUUGGUGGCAUUGAUGAUAUGUCUAAAACUAAGAUUAAAUAUAAAUCUUAUACAAAAACCUUGACACAUUCUGAUGCAACCUGUGGUUGUAGUGGUGGAUUUUCCUGUCCUAGGUAUUGUGCAGAAACACUUUUUCCUCCAUUAGACUAUUCAGGUACCCCUCCUUCUCAGAACAUUUCUCCAACAGAUGUUCAUGGCGAAACAUGGGUAUUCAAACAUGUUUAUAGGGGCGCCCCGAAGAGGCAUAUAUUAGUAACUGGGUGGAGAGAGUUUGUAACCGAAAAGCAUCUUGUUUCGGGGGAUUCACUUGUGUUUUUGAGAGCUGAAAACGGUGAUCUUCAUAUUGGAAUUCGAAGGUCUAAGAGAGGAAACGACUAUGGAUUUAACCCUUCAUCAAAGAGCAAACCUGGUAAUGAAAUUGGAAUUCGUCUUGUACCUUCAUCCGGAGAACUUACCUCGUCUUCAGGAGAGAAAGAUGAUAAACUUCAAAAAAAUGAUAAAGGAAAUGACUUGAGAAUAAGUGAUAAGGUGAUGGGAAUAGGAAAAGUGAAGGCUGAAGAUGUUAUUGAAGCAGUAAAACUUGGUGUCAAUAUGCAGCCGUUUGAUGUGGUUUACUAUCCUCGGGUUGGAACUCCCGAGUUUUUUGUGGAAACUUCUUUAAUUAGAACAGCACUUCAGACUCAGUGGUAUUGUGGAAUGAGGUUCAAGAUGGCCAUUGAAACUGAAGAAGACUUGUCAAGGAUAAUUUGGUUUUACGGAACAAUUACUUCUUUUAUAGCUGCGGAUCCAGCAUGGCCUGAUUCUCUUUGGAGACUUCUGCAGCCUUAUUUCCAACAACCAUUUAAUCACGAUGAUGCUACAACAUCGACGAUAAUCUCUAAUAACCCCGCAUUGCAAAUGGCAAGCACCAGUGAGAAUGUUUCAUACUCUACACAACCAUCAGAGACACUGGAUCAUGCCAAGUCGGAAGAGUUUGUGCCUUUUAGCCAAACAAUACAAAUUGACUCGGGAAAUGAAAAUGCUGAGAAGAGAGUCACCAAUUAUUCUUCUGAUCCUCUACAAGACCUGCUGAAAGUUUCCUCUGGUGAGAAGCUGGAGUGUAAUCCCGACAACCAAUGCAAAAAAGAUGCUUUGGCUGGAGAAACAGUGGAGAUUGAAGAUUCAGUGAGUUCAUCAGAAGAGGAAGCGUGGCAAUUGUAUUUGCAGUGGAAUGAAGAAGAAUGAUCUUGUAUUGAAAAAGAAGUCUGAUAUUGUAAUUUGACAAUCCAAAGUUUAAUUGAGAAUAAAUGUGAGUGGAUCCUAUAGCCAUAAUUUCCUAUAAAC